GGGACGUCUGUAAGGGGACCGCUGUAUUUUAACAAUGAGAUAACCAAGAUUUACAAUGAACAGCAACCCUGGAUGUGGUGUCAGACACACACAAAAAUAUCUGCCCCUUUUUUAGUUGGCAGAUCAGUUUGAGAGGUUGCCACCAGAGAUUUAGCUUGACUCAACUAAAAGCCAGUGGUGAUGUCUGAGCUAGCAGUUCAUAUGAAACAAGAGAGUGCGGCGUCAUCAUCUGGUCCACCUCAACAACAACAAUAUGCUCCCUGGCCAAACAAUGGGCAAGUGGCGCCCUGGCCGCAGCAACAGCAGCCGUACUGGCAGCCCCAGAUGGCGCCACCGCCACAGCAGAUGCAUACCACCAACACGAACGUCGUGAUCACCUCUCAGCCUACAGUCGCUACUCGUCCAGCCCAGAGACCUUGGAGCAGCAACCUGUGUGGCUGUUGUUCGGACUUCAGCAGUUGCAUGCUCGCACUUUGUUGCCCCUGCUGUUUGCAGUGUUGUAUUGCCCAAGACAUGGGCGAGUCUUGCGGAAGUGCCUUCUGCUACGUGUGCUGUUCGGUACCUAGUCUCUUUGGACUGAGAGCUAACAUGAGAGGGAAAGAAAAUAUACAGGGGUCUCUCUGCGACGACUUCUGCUUAACAGCCGGCUGCUGUGUACUGUGGUGUUACUGCUGUGCCUUGGCGCAGCUCGCACGAGAGGUCAAGACUGUGAAGAACGCUAAAGGUUAUGUUUAAGUCUUGGAGGAUCAACCUGCUAUUGCUUCUGAAAGUUGCGCCUCUUUAUAUUAUAGCGUGUGUCAAAAUGUACUGCCAUAAGUUUGUAAAAUAUUAUCGCUUUUAAACAGUGCGCGGAAAUAUUCACACACACACACACACACACAUAUAUAUAUAUAUAUUCAUUUAAGUUUGUAAUUUGAGAAAUGCUGUUGAUAAUAUCACAAAUAGUUGAUCAAUUAUGUACUAUUCGUUUUUAUUAUGGUAAACAUUCACAUACAUAUUUAUUUUCCUACUAGUUUAGUUGUUGACGAUAUCAUAAAUAAUUGAUGAAAUAUGUACUAUUUAUUUUUAUUGUAACCAAACCUAUUUUUUAAAAUAUAUUUGUUGCUAGUUUAUUUUGUAAUAGUUUUUUUCUUCUAGAGCAUUCCUCCAUAAAUGACUUUUUUUUUUUUUAACAUCUAGCCGAACCCUCCAGUAAUAGGGGAGGGGUGGCAGUGGGCAGGCUUCGAACACUGGAUCAUAGCAACACAGUCAGAAACACAUAGAACAUGACCAGGCAGUUGUCAUGGUUUUGGUUUUGUUUGUAAGACAGGAAAGAAAAGCAGUUGUCUGUUUUUUGUGUCAUUUCCGUUUUGAGUGGUUGAAGUCGUUCAUUUGUUAGCACUUACAACUUCAAUGUGCCUUUUUCGGUUAACUAUGAAUCCAGCAUUGAGCAAAUUCAUAUGGAACAUAAACAAGUGGUACACAUCCUAUAACACAAACGUGAAGUUGGUCCUUCUUUACGGCUCAUUGAGACAUGGAGAAUCACUAAAAAAAAACAUAUGGAAAAACUCCAGACUUUUGUUAACAGAUGCCUACGCCGGAUAUUAGGAAUUAAGUGGCCAGAAAAGAUAACUACUAUCGAUUUUUGGGAGAGAAGUAGAUAAAAGCCCAUAGGCCAAGACAUCAUAAAACGAAAAUGGAGCUGGAUAGGACACACCCUGCGAAAACCAGCUACCAACGUUGCAAGGCAGGCACUUGACUGGAACCCACAAGGAAAGAGGAAAGUGGGCAGACCCAAGCAAACCUGGAAGAUGUCGGUCAUCAGUGAAGCUGAGGGUACUGGAAUGACAUGGGAGCAGAUGAAGACAGCUGCCCAGAACCGAGUUCGGUGAAGAGGUGUGGUUGCGGCCCUUUGCUCCCCUGGGAUUGUACAGGAUCAAUUCAAGUAAACCAAAUAAUAAAUUUUAUUGUUAAAAAAACAACAACACUGUAAUAUACUUUCUGAUGAUCACAGGCUAGAGUGAUAACUUACCACCCGAUAUCUAUUUUACAAAGCUCAUAUCAACUCCCUCUGUUUGUCUGUCUGUCUGAUAAAACGUUUGAACAAGUUAUUUCUCCCACAACCAAUCUCGGAUCAAGCUCAAAUUGUGCAUAUUUAUUUCUUUUAACUAACAAAUGAAAAAGAAUGAAUUGAAAAAAAACAACAACUAAUUCGUUAAUUAACUUUUGGUAAUUAAUAAUUUUGUUUGGUAUCUCUAACAAGAGACGACUGAGAUGAUGGUAUAAGCUGAAUAAGUCCCCUUUAUAGGUCGCCGGUUUAAAGUAAGUUUGAAACAAACCACAAAUAAUUAUAGAAUCUUCUAUUUUCACAAGUAUAGUGGUUAGUACGUUGGCUUGAGGAGGCUUGAACCAUCAGUUCGAAUUCAUGUUGUUCCCCCCCCCCGCUUUUUUUAAUGCUAUUAAAAAGGAUUAUAGUAAAAUUCACCCAUAUACCCCCUUCUUUCCUCACUCUCCCCCUUCCCAACUGGUCCAGACAAUUGAUUGGAUCAUAGCGUAGUGAGAAAGCUAAAAAUAUGAAAUAGCGCUAAACAAACACAAUUAGUAAAAAAUAUUACGACUGUGAUUGUCACUGUUCACAGGAGUAUAAUAAAAAAAAAAGUUUAUGGUACAUUGUAUUUCUUUGUCUCUUUUUCUUUUAUUGAUAUCCUCGUUGGACAUAAUUAAAAGUGUACAAACGAAAAAUGACUUCGUUUAUAACGCUCUUAUUCUUCCCUCUAGAUCUAGAAGUUGGCUUCGUUUUCUGGAAUGUGCUGAUAUUCAAGAACGAUAACACCACAAAAAGU